UUCCCAGCCCAGUCAACUUAUACAGACCCUGGGUGAGCAGGAGGGGAGAGAGCAGAGUCUUGGCAGAACCUGCUGGUGGAAGGAAGCUGCGGCUGUUGAUAGCCCUACAGAGGCUCCUGGAAACUCCCAGAAUCCAGGGACCGUUGUGAAUUGCAAAAGAACAGAAGAAAGGAGAGUUGAAAGCUCCGAAGAGUACAAGUCGGAGCACCACCCCCGGGGACACCUGUUCCUCUCCCUCCACCCCACUCUCCACCCCCUCCGACCCUGCGCCACCCGGCGCGCCCGGGCGCGCAAUGAAUCCAGUGCUGGGCAAUCAGACGGAAGCGGCCGGGCUCUUUUUGGCCAACAGCAGCGACUCCCUGGAGCGGGUCCUGCGCUGCUGCACCCAGGCGUCCGUAGUGACAGACGAUGGCUUCGGGGAGAGCGGACAGGACGAACGGAGCCUGUACAUUAUGCGGGUGGUACAGAUAGCGGUGAUGUGCGUUCUGUCGCUUACCGUUGUCUUUGGAAUCUUCUUCCUUGGCUGCAAUCUGCUCAUCAAGUCGGAGGGGAUGAUUAACUUCCUGGUGAAGGACAGGCGACCAUCCAAGGAGGUGGAGGCAGUGGUUGUGGGACCUUACUGACCUUCCCCUCCUUCACUACAUCUCGUUCCCCCAGUCCUGCCCACCUUCCAAAUCCAACUGCGCCUCUCAACCACCUGAGAUCUGGCGAAAGAAACUUAUCCGAGUGAUAGCCUCCUAAUGAUUCUUCGGCGGCUGCUUCGGUCCCCGUCUCUUCUACCUAAUGGAUGAAGUGACCUCUUAGUCUUGCUGGGUUCUUUGAAAGUCUCCUAUCCCAGGGAGAGAACUCACCAGUCUCUGUGCACUUCUGGGACAGUCCAGCAAAAAGUAAUGAAAGAAAGAGGUGGGGAGGAUGGCGGAGAGCAACGGGCAAUAACUUUCUAGUUGCUGGGAGGCGUCCCAUCGCCUAAGAUCCGGAGAGACCGCGGCGGUGGGAGAGAGAUACGCAUCUCCGCUUGCAUGUGGGAUCGGGAUCUUGGGGAAAGUGGCGAAGGUGGGGAGGGAUGGCCGAAUUCCACCCGGCAAAGAUCGACUAGUCACUGCCUGGCCUGGAGCCGCGCUUCCGAAAAUGUGACCUAUGUAUAUACAAUGCGACAGACUUCACAACAACGACAUGCAAACUAAGCAAAACAAACAAAAAAACAUUCCCAAUUACAGUCCCCGAUCCACUGGAGGGGACAAUCGGUAACUACAUUUUGAUUGUAGCGCACUGUUUUAAGGGAUAUUUUGCUUAAGAAAUAAUUAAUAUAAAAUAUUUGAUAAGUCA